CUUGCACUCGGAACCAUUAAACGUCUCAUGGUUGCAGUCGGACUCUUAUUUAAGCGGACGUUGUUGCCACAGGCAGCCGCUGGCGUUGUUUCAAUAAGCUGCUGUUUUUUCUCGAAUUACCACACGAGGAAACCAUGAACGGUUGAUCAAAUCUGAAUACGACAGAAGACCAGGUUCUCAUAAAACUACUUUAUUUCGAUAUUUCAACUAUCAGGGGGUCGUUCAUUGCUAAAUGCACUAAACAAAGCCAGCAAAAUGCAGAGAGGAUUAGUAUCAUUGAAGCCUCGUUUUGCUUUCGCACAACUGGUGAAGACUAGCGUUUGAAGUCGCUGUUCUCCCUUCAUCAAACCUGCUGCCUCGGGACAUUUUUCUAACGGCAUGAUCAAAACCGAGACGGCGUUUGAGAUGUCCGCCGUCAUGAGAGAUCUAGCCAGCCGUCUGCCCGCCCUUCAUCGUUCCUCGCAAUGACGGAGCGCUGUCCUUUAGCCGAGAAGGCGCUGUCGGAGGGCUUCGCGCGGCUGCGCUUCAAGGACACCUCGCUGCUCAUCUGGCAGCAGCAGCAGCUGGAGCUGGAGAGGGCGCCUCCCACCAACUACCUGAGCCGCAGCCAGAGCUCCUGGUACAGCCAGUACGGCAACCAGGCGGUUGUGAUACGGGACAAAACAAGACAGAAAGACUCCGAUAGCACUGGACAGUCCCGGAUUUGUGCUGUUAUGUGAUCCGGUAUUCUUGCUGUGACUGAUCAUUCGCAACACAUUUGAGUGUUACUGUCAAGUUUAAAGUAUUUGUGAUCUGUCCACAUAUCGUAACUCAAGACGGUCGGGUGCUCAUGUUUACACUGAGCUUCUUUAUAUAAAGUAACUUAACGCUAUUUUUAACAUUUAUACAAUGCAACAGCAGUAUCGUUGGAGGAACAUUACCUGUUUAUUAUAGUUAAGAGACUAACGAAUACCAAAACCCAAUUUAACCAAUUGAAAAUCUAAAUUUUAACCAAAUUAAAAGUGAACACACAAUUUAUAAAGUUGGAUGCCCCAAUUUAACAAAUUCCAUAUACUCUUUUCAAGUUGAAGUAUGUGAUCUUUGGUAGCAAUAUUAUUUAUUUCGUUGCAAAAGAAACAUUUUUAUUACUAAAGAUCCGAAGGCACUGUAUUAUACGACUGACACAGUGUAAAUAAACGAGAUAUGUAUCGAAUAUGUAUUCCUCACUUAAAAUAUAUCUCGUAUACAUUACAGUGGGGGGUAUGUGUGGGUGUGGGGAUACUGUUACUUUGUUUCAUUUAAUAUAGAAACAUCCACAAUUUCGUAAUGUGAAUUACUUAAGUUUUCUCACUUAAAAUGUUGUAUAUUUAUUUGCGACAGAGCAACUUUAACAGUGCCCUUUUAACCCUUUAAGUAUUAUGUAUGUUUUUCAUGUUUCCUUGUAUGGAGCUUUGAUGCCUCCAAAAAUGUUUGUUAAAUCAAGAUUUAAAUGAGGUUUACAAACUUAAGUUUGUACAUUUUGACAGCUUGACCUUCUUACACUGCUCAGACAGCAUUUUUCAUUUUAUUCUUGCGUUUUAAUGUCUUCUAAAACGAAAGAAAUAUAUAUAUAUAAAAACAUUAAGUGCACUCAAAUAAAUGUAUCUAGAUAGUAAAAAGACA